AUGAAGAAAUCCACCUACUAUGUCUUCAUCAUGAUUUUACUCAGCUGUUCACUAGCAAGUACUACUGCUUUGACCAGCCUUGUACCUUCUAUCUGCAAGCACAUCUCUCAAGCCGACCCAACAAAUGUAGAUUAUGGAUCCUGCAUGUCAGCACUUGGAUCGGAUCCUCGAAGCCCUAUAUCGACAGCUCCACAACUAGCCCGAAUCUCCUUCGAGUUGAGCAUAUCAAAAGCCAAAGCCAUUACCUCGGAGAUUGACAAGCUCUUAAAGCUCUCCACAUUUGAUCCUCCUGCUACAAAUGUCUUGAAAGAUUGCUCGGUUGCCUACUCGAGAGUCCCAGGUGUUCUAGAAGCAGGUCUUGAGGCGAUAAUAGGUGGACAGUUUGACACAGCAAGUACAAGGGUAAGUGCAGCCAUGAAUGCUGCUGCUACAACUUGUGGAAAGUGGAUCAAGGAUAUGAGAGGGAACAUAGCUCCCCUGCAAAAGGAAAUCAAUGUAUUCAACCAGCUGGGUGCCAUUUCUCUUGGUUUCACAAAGUUGUUGAGGAUUAUAAAUUAAUCAUGUAUCACAUCUAUAAAUAAUAUAUUUAUACUUAUGUGACUUCUUGCCAAGUUAAUAAGUUAUAGUCUUAGAGAUCUACCAAAACUUUACAAAACCAU